AAUCGACCAAAGUCCCCUUCGCGCGGAAGCAAAUUUGAAUAUUUUAGUGGACACAGACCUCUCGGGACUCUUUCACAACUUUCACUCGAACAUCUACUUGUCAUUCAACAUCCCCCAUUCUACCAUAUCCAGAGCUACAACACCUCCUCAGAGUGUCAAAAAGCGUUCUUGGCACAUCCAUCUUACUUAUUGCCCGAAAAAAUCGCUUCGAAACAGCCGAUUUUGAGCUAAGGAAACUUCUCAGCGAAAAAUGACCAAGUUCAUCCUCGUCGCCGGUGGUGUCAUCUCGGGUAUCGGGAAGGGAGUUAUCGCCUCCUCAACCGGCCUCCUCCUAAAAACCACCGGUCUCUCCGUAACAGCCAUCAAGAUCGAUCCUUACAUGAACAUCGACGCCGGGACGAUGGCCCCUACCGAACACGGCGAAGUCUACGUCCUCAACGACGGUGGAGAAGCAGAUUUGGAUUUGGGGAACUAUGAGAGGUACUUGGAUGUAACGCUGGGGAAGGAUAAUAAUAUUACUACGGGUAAGGUUUAUAGUCAUGUUAUUGAGCGGGAGCGCAAAGGAGACUACCUCGGCAAGACGGUCCAAGUGAUCCCCCACCUAACGAACGCGAUCCAAGACCACAUCCUCCGCGUCUCCUCCCUUCCCAUCCCCUCCCCUACCUCCACCACCUCUCCUUCUGGCUCCUCUGGCUCCGCUGCCGCUGCCGCCCCUCCAGAUGUCUGCAUCAUCGAACUAGGCGGCACAGUCGGCGACAUAGAAUCCGCCCCCUUUAUCGAAGCCAUGCGUCAAUUCCAAUUCCGAGUCGGCGUAGAGAAUUUCGCCCUCGUCUACGUCAGUUUAAUUCCUGUGGUGGGAGGGGAACAGAAGACUAAGCCUACUCAGGCUGGGGUGAGGGAUUUGAGGGGGUUGGGGUUGUUGCCUGAUAUCAUCGCCUGUCGAUGCGAACACGAGCUCCUCCCCGCGACCAUGGAAAAAGUCUCCAUGUUCUGCCACGUCCAGCCUUCUCAAGUGCUCGGCGUGCACAACGUCAACUCGACGUACCACGUCCCCCUGUUGAUGCGUGACCAGGGGUUGGUAGACUUCUUGACCAAGCGGUUGAAACUGGACGAGAUCAAGGUCGGCGAGAAACAGAGGGCUAAAGGGGAGGAUCUGUUGAAGAGGUGGAAGGAGAUGACGCUCGACGCCGAACGUCGCUACGAGACCGUCUCCAUCGUCCUCGUCGGCAAAUACGUCACCCUCCAAGACUCGUACAUGUCCGUCGUCAAGUCGCUCGAACACGCGUCGAUGCGCUGCGGCAAAAAGCUCAACCUCCAAUGGGUCGACUCGUCCAACCUCGAGCCCGAGGCAGAGACCGCGGACCCUGUCAAGUACCACGACGCCUGGAGGGCCGUCUGUAGCGCCAAGGGGAUCAUCGUACCCGGUGGGUUCGGACAUCGAGGGACCGAGGGUAUGAUCGCCGCCGUCAAGUGGGCCCGAGAGAAAAAGGUCCCCUUCCUGGGUAUCUGCCUCGGGUUCCAGAUCGCCGUCAUCGAAUGGGCUAGGAACGUGUGUGGGCUCGAGGACGCCCAUUCCGCCGAACUCGCUCCGGAGACGCCUCACCCGGUCAUCGUCUUCAUGCCCGAAAUCUCCAAGACCCAUUUGGGAGGGACCAUGAGGCUCGGACUUCGACCGACCUUGUUCGAAUCGGGUACCGAGAAGAGCAAGUUGAGGCAGUUGUACGGCGGCGAGGAGACCAUUUGGGAACGACACAGGCAUAGGUACGAGGUUGGGCCGGAGUACGUCGAGAGGCUGGAACAGCCCGGUGGGAUGAGGUUUAUCGGCAGGGAUGAACGGGGCGAGAGGAUGCAGGUCUUGGAGAUGGACGACCACCCCUACUUUGUCGGUCUUCAAGCCCACCCCGAAUUCUGCACCCGACCUCUGAACCCUUCUCCUCCCUUCCUCGGCCUCAUCGCCGCCGCCUGUGGCAAGUCCGAGCUCGACGCCCAGAUCAGCCGGAACGCCAAGGAGUACCGCGAUCCUCAUCCGGACGAGUCCAAGGUGAUCCCCGCUCGAGAACCCGCUUCGCAGCUCGGACAGGGGAAGCCUCAGGAGGUCAGGGACAUCAAGGUCGUCGAUGGGCAAUAAGGCGUUGGGUCCGGAGGCCGGGUGAUGGCGAGCGGAUUAGAAUGUAUGUUUACUGUAUUUUGGGAUUCAUGACAUAUGCACCGACAUUCGUGUGUUCAUUGUUGAUGAAGUUCGACAUCGAGGGAUUAGUUUCUUCUGCACUUCCGCAUCUCAUUGAUUUGGC